AUGGUCCCUAAUUCUGUAAUUGCGGGAGCUGCCGCCUUCAUCUCCGUACCACUCCUAGCAGCGCCUAAGAGCACCCCUUCUAGGAUUUUGAAGCUUGUUUUACACACUUCAAUCUAUACCACAGGUCUCGCUUUCAACUCGCUCGUAGGUGUCGUAUCCGGGUUAGCAGCAUUGGUCGGUGGUGAUAGGUAUAGACAGCAGAUAUCGUGGCUAGUUGCUAGGUCGUUUUAUUACACUGUAACACCGCUAGUUGGUUGGAAAUUUAACGUCAUCGGUGAGGAGAAAUUUGAGCCAUUCACGAACCCGGACGAUUCAAAGAGACAGUCCUCGAUUAUGGUAUCCAAUCACCAAACCGCACUUGAUAUCCUGUUCCUUGGAAGAAUUUUCCCCAAAUUCACAACCAUGAUGGCAAAACAGGAGAUCAAGAAGAUUCCUCUGUUGGGCUGGUGGAUGGUUCUAUCAAAGGCUGUAUUCAUCAACAGGAAAGAUCGCAAGGAUGCUAUCACGGCGUUCAACAGAAUAGGCAAUGAAAUUAAGGAUAGAGGUAUUUCAGUAUGGAUUUUCCCAGAAGGCACACGCUGUACAACCCCAUCGCCUUCUUUAUUACCUUUCAAGAAAGGCGCUUUCCACUUGGCCAUUCAAGCUCAGAUCCCUAUUCUACCAGUUUUAUGCGAAAAUUAUUAUCAUCUAGCAAAUUACAAUGGUGAUGCGAAUACUGGUGGAUCACGAUUUGAGAGAGGUCAAGUGCAAAUCAAGGUGCUUGAUCCUAUUCCAACAACGGGUCUCACAUCUGAUGACGUACAAACGCUCAUCGACUAUACCUAUGAGUAUAUGCUCUAUCACUUGAAGCUGUUAUCUUCUACAUCUUGCUCACUCGGGAAGCCUCUCCCCCCACCGCCUUCGCCUUUCAACAAGCCAUUGCCAACGAAAUCCACCAGAACGGAUGACGAGGAUGUCGUUUUGGUUGAGAAGAGUUAG